UGUUUGAAGAAUCUUGAGAGUGUUUCUGCAAUGGAUAACCCUGAUGUGGAGGAACAUUAUGGAGUAUCAGAUUCCUUCCCUGACCCGUGCUGUGAGGACGGAAAGAACACUCCAGCAGCACCAGAGUCCGAACAGCCCAGCACUCCUGUGCAGAACAAAGUCGAUCAGGUCAGCGGGGAGUCAGAGUCUCUGCAUUCGGACACACCUGCUGGUGAAGUGGAGAGUAACAAUGCAACGUGUGGCAGUGAGGUUGAAACUCUGAAAGAGAAACCUGAUGGAGCAUUAAGCAAGCCAACUGAAACAUCUGCCCCCAAAGAGUCCAGCACUCCUGUGCAGAACAAAGUCGAUCAGGUCAGCAGGGAGUCAGAGUCUCUGCAUUCGGACACACCUGCUGGUGAAGUGGAGAGUAACAAUGCAACGUGUGGCAGUGAGGUUGAAACUCUAAAAGAGAAACACGAUGGAGCAUUAAGCAAGCCAACUGAAACAUCUGCCCCCAAAGAGCCCAGCACUCCUGUGCAGAACAAAGUCGAUCAGGUCAGCAGGGAGUCAGAGUCUCUGCAUUCGGACCCACCUGCUGGUGAAGUGGAGAGUAACAAUGCAACGUGUGGCAGUGAGGUUGAAACUCUAAAAGAGAAACCUGAUGGAGCAUUAAGCAAGCCAACUGAAACAUCUGCCCCCAAAGAGAAACACCUAGAGAGCCUUUUGGAGGAACUGGGGUUGGAUCACCACAUUGAAGAGAAGUUAUCCAUAAGCACACUUCUGAGGAUUGACAAGAAGACCAUUACUGAUAAACCUGCUAAGUGUAAUUCAGAUCUUCCAUGGUAUUUUCUGAAGAAACUAAUGAUGGUCAAUGUGACAGCUAGGAAUGUGAAAUGUAUACCUGCACAUGAGUCAAACUGUGAGGAUCACACAGAUGACCUUGAUGAUUUAGAUGAAAGUACACAUUCAGGUGACACACUGAAUCCCCUUGAUAUUGUCACUGCUCUCUUCCUGUGCUCUGAUGGUUUUGUACAGCAGGAAAUGGCCCUCAAAAUGUCCAUGUGUCAGUUUUCCGUGCCUCUGUUGCUUCCCAACUGUGACACAAAGCAGUGCACACUCAUGCUUUGGGCCAUGAGAGACAUUGUUAAAAAGUACAGACCUCAGUCACUUUCAGAGUCCAGGGGAUUUAUUGAAGAGAGAAUUGUUGUCUCUGAACUUCCAAUGAUAUCUUUUGUGAGACUGGGUGAGUGCUCCUUGUCCAAGUCAGAGAUCCUCAAUAAGCUUCUGAGCAAUUCUCAGCAGUACCACGACACCUUUGUUCACCACAACAUGGAGGGUGGUGACAGUCCAAGGAGAAUAUCCAAUGGAUUGGUUGAAAUGACUUGGUACCUCCCUUGUGGGAACAAAAACAUGGAUGUCUUCAGCGAGCCAGUUGCUGUAGCUAACCUUCGUGGGGACAUUGCUUCAUCUCAAACACAAUUUGAUUUCUUGUGUCAGACAUCUGCAGCAGUUUUUGUGUUCUUUGAUGCUUUGGACUCUGAGUGUGAGCUGCUAACCAACCAAAACCACAAGGCCCAGAUCUUCUUGGUGGGUAACCGUCAAAGCAAAGAUUUCAAAUUAGAUGCUGUAAAAAAGGUAGCAACCAAAUUGAGCUUAAAGAAGAUCAACAUCCUUUUGAAAGAAAAGCACAUAAAUGAUGCAAACUUUGUCAAAGAUUUGCGGGGAAAAGUCAGCAAUGUAAUUGAAAAAUCAAAGAUGAAGAUGGGAAUUGAGAAGAUGGCUGACGUUGCCCAUGAACUGGGAAUCUGUGUUGAUGAAGACUCUCCAGAGUGCCAGACUGCGAAGGAAAAUGCAGAUGCCAUCACUGCAGAAAUUCAAGACCUUCUUAAAUACAAAGAAGCUCAGCUUCCCUUGCAAGGCCAGAUAUGGAAGGACCUUACUCGCUUGGAGAAGGAAGAAUUGCGACUUAAGGAUGUUGGGUCUGAAGAUUUAGAAAAGUACAAAAGUGAUCUUCAGCUACAGAAAAAACGUCUUCGGGAAAAACAGAACUCUCAUGACAUCUCAAAGGCAAUGACAUGUUUCAUCUAUGCAAUAUCAAGCCUGGGGAUAGAGAAGAAGGAGAAGGAGGAGGAGAAGAAAGAGGAGGAGGAGAAGGAGGAGGAGAA